AUGGAGAUAAGUCACUCGCCAUGGAAGUCGAAAACAGCGUCCUCUGGCAACGGGGGCCACCUUGGAGAUGUUAAGCCUGGACCGGACACAGACCAAAAACAGCUUCGUCGCCCUGGAUCCAAAGGUUCCAGCGCCUUCUUCCCUGGGGACUUUCGAUUCGAGAUCAGAUCCGGAGGUACCUGCUCCUUCGUCUUCUGUUCUGUCUCCCUCAGGUUCAGAUCCUCAGAGCUCCCACCCUCAUCAGAUCAUGAGGAUGUCUGA